CCCGCGCGGAGCUGCCCGGCUGAGGGGCGCCUGGUCCGGGGUCCGCAGCGGUGCCGCGUCUCUCCCGGCGGCGGGCGGCCGGGCGGGAAGAUGCUGAGCAGGUUGAUGAGCGGCAGCAGCAGGAGCCUGGAGCGCGAGUACAGCUGCACCGUGCGGCUGCUGGACGACAGCGAGUACACCUGCACCAUCCAGAGAGAUGCCAAAGGCCAGUACCUGUUUGACCUUCUUUGCCACCACCUGAACCUUCUCGAGAAAGACUACUUUGGGAUCCGCUUUGUGGACCCAGAUAAGCAGCGGCAUUGGUUGGAGUUUACAAAGUCUGUGGUGAAGCAAUUGAGAUCCCAGCCUCCGUUCACCAUGUGUUUCCGCGUGAAGUUUUACCCCGCGGAUCCUGCUGCUCUGAAGGAGGAGAUAACCAGGUACUUAGUCUUCCUACAGAUCAAAAGGGAUCUCUACCAUGGACGCCUCCUCUGUAAAACAUCAGACGCUGCCUUGUUAGCAGCUUACAUCCUUCAAGCGGAGAUUGGGGAUUAUGACCCAGGGAAACACCCUGAAGGCUACAGCUCCAAGUUCCAGUUUUUCCCAAAACAUUCAGAGAAGCUGGAAAGGAAGAUUGCCGAGAUUCACAAGACAGAACUCAGUGGUCAAACACCAGCAACAUCAGAGCUGAACUUUUUAAGAAAAGCACAGACGUUGGAGACCUAUGGAGUGGACCCUCACCCGUGUAAGGAUGUGUCAGGAAAUGCUGCAUUUCUGGCCUUCACUCCUUUUGGGUUUGUUGUUCUGCAAGGAAACAAGAGGGUCCACUUCAUUAAAUGGAACGAGGUGACCAAGCUGAAAUUUGAAGGAAAGACUUUCUAUCUAUACGUAAGUCAGAAAGAGGAAAAGAAAAUUAUUCUCACAUAUUUUGCUCCAACUCCAGAAGCCUGCAAGCACCUCUGGAAAUGUGGAAUCGAGAACCAAGCCUUCUACAAGCUGGAGAAGUCAAGCCAAGUCCGCACAGUGUCCAGCAGCAAUUUAUUCUUUAAAGGGAGCCGGUUCCGAUACAGUGGCCGAGUUGCAAAGGAAGUAAUGGAGUCAAGUGCAAAGAUCAAACGGGAGCCACCAGAAAUACACAGAGCAGGGAUGGUUCCCAGCCGCAGCUGUCCCUCCAUAACCCAUGGCCCAAGGCUGAGCAGCGUCCCCAGGACCCGCAGAAGAGCUGUUCACAUCUCCAUCAUGGAAGGCCUGGAGUCCCUACGGGACAGUGCCCAUUCCACACCAGUGCGUUCUUCCUCCCAUGGGGACACCUUCCUGCCUCACGUGAGAAGCAGCCGGGCAGACAGCAAUGAGCGAGUCGCUGUGAUUGCAGACGAAGCCUACAGCCCUGCAGACAGUGUGCUGCCCACGCCUGUGGCCGAGCACAGCCUGGAGCUGAUGCUGCUUUCCCGACAGAUCAAUGGGGCCACCUGCAGCAUCGAAGAGGAGAAGGAGUCUGAGGCCAGCACUCCAACUGCUGCAGAGGUGGAGGCCCUUGGGGGAGAGCUGAGGGCCCUCUGUCAGGGGCACGGCAGGCCAGAGGAGGAACAGAGUGGGCAUCUGAAGGGACCACCGCUACAGCAGCAGCAGCAACAGGGGUGGGGUAAGUCUGUCCCCUUAGAAUAGAUCCUAGUGGGCAUCACCAUGAGUCUUGUAUAAUGAACUUAUUAGACUUCUGUGAUUUUUUUUUCUGAAGAACCUCAAGAUUUUUAUAGUGUUCCACAGAUGUUAGUUGAAUUCAGUGGUGCCAGAGAUAGGACUAUCAGAAAUGUUGGACAGAGUGUACUUAACAGAAACCAGAGCCAAGGUACUUGAGAAACUGUUGAGAUUCAGAAAGCAGUACCUAUUUUGUACAACCCCCCGCAAAAAAACUAUUUCAAUUUAUAUUUUAACAAGAAAUGUUAUUUUCUUAUCAAUUCAUAUUUUGUUUUUACUUUAUGGAUUAAGAAAAUAGAGCCUGAUGAACUAAACAAUGCAAGAAAGAAACUGAUCCUGAGAAUGAAAAGCUUCAGAAAAUAGAAUUCCAAGAUCAACAAACAGCCUUGAAAGGGACCAGGGAAAGAAUCUCUUUGAACAGGCAUACUAAAACGAUGCCUACAUAAGAAAAAUGGUGAAUGUGGUAGAGACCAACACUUAGUUGUAGAAAUACUGCCCCCUAGGGUCAACCUCCACAUCAGGAAAAUAAAAAUUGUAGGAAAGCCUUGGCCAUCCUUGCUGAAGGAAGCUGUGGAAGCAUGAAGAAGAACAGCACAGGAAGGGUGAGUGUGGGGUCCAAGACCCAAGCUCUGCAAACUCUUCACAACUCACAAGAUCUUGUUUUCAUCUCAGGGAGAGAUUUCUAAGUCAUCUUGGGCCUGAGGACUCAUUUAAGGAUGGUCAGUAUACAUGUACCUGGGAACCCCACAACAGUGGAGCUGCUGCUAACAUCCUAUGAUGUUGGGCAGCCCCAAAUGCAGAACAGAAUGAGUCACUUGUAGAUUUGCUCUCCCCUAGUUUGUCCUCUGAAAUAGCAGAAUCAUGUCCAUGUACAGAGUGUAACAGCUGUAGAAUUAAUAGGGGCCACAGGGUGGGGAAGUGGAUUGUGUAAUUUUAAAUGCCCCUUCAUCUAGACUAGGGGUUGGCAAACUACUUCUGUAAAGUGCCAGAUAAUAUUUUUUUAGUUUGGUUUUGUGGGCCAUACUCUGUAGCAACUACUCAACUCUGCCGUCAUAGCACAAAAACAGCCAUCCACAGGUAAUACAUAAACAAAGGAGUAUGACUAUGUUCCAAUAAAAGUUUAUUUAUAAAAAUAGAUAAUGAGCUGAAUUUGGACCACAGGCCAUAAUUUGCCAACCCCAUCUAGACAAUAAAACUGCUCCUUACCAGUAUGUUAGCAGAAAGAGGGCCGGCUCUGCUCCCAUUCCUGA